AUGACAAAAAACGCGAUCAAAAAGGUAUUAGGGCGAUCCUAUAUCUCGUUUGAAGAAUUACGAACUGUACUAACCGAAAUUGAAACGACUCUAAAUGACCGUCCAAUCACUUAUGUUUCCGGUGAUAUCGACGAUGCUACGCCAUUAACUCCAUCUCAUUUAUUACAUGGACGUCAAAUGACAAUAUUACCUUACCCGGAAAUAAGCGACGAUGAACUCAACGACCCGACCUUCAGUAACCAUGACGACGUAAACAAACGAUACGCACAUCUCGCUAGAUUACUCGCGCAUUUCUGGAAACGCUGGACAGCGGAGUAUUUACCUGCACUACGCGAGAAUCACAAGUUAACCGGCAAAACAGACAAUAUAAUCAAGGUCGGAGACGUCGUCCUCGUCCACAAUGAUAUUGACCAUCGCAUUAAAUGGCCGAUGGCAGUUGUCGUGGAACUCGUCUACGGAAGAGACAAACUCGUACGAUCAGCGAUCAGGUCAAACAGACCUAUCAACAAAUUAUAUCCACUAGAAAUGAACGCCGACGUCACAACCAUGGAUAUACCUCGUGUAAAUAUAGACACAACGCAUUUGGAUUUACCUGCUGAUCCUCGAACUUCGGGUAACAACAUUGAACCACGCCCAAAACGGACUGCCGCUGUUGUUGCACGAUACCGUAUCUCGGACAUGAACCAAGUCUAA